GCUCGCGUCCUGUCGAAACGCCGAUGACAGAAAACAUGUGACCGACUAGGAAGUAAAGUAAAAUGGAAAAAUAAGACAUUUUUAAGCAGUUAGCCGAGCUUAAAGUAAAUAACAACAUUCCUGAAGUCAUUAUGGCAUCUAUUAUCAAAGAAACCCAGAGCAUUAGAGAAGCAGUGACGCAUAUCAACGCGAUCGACCUCAACAAGUUUUCGCGACUGCUGUCCAGGAUUCUUCAGAAGCUUCACCUGAAGGCGGAGCGCUCCUUCAGCGAGGAAGAGGAGGAGAAGUUGCAGGGGGCGCUGUCGUUGGACAAGCAGGCUCUCAGUCUGGUGCUGGAGACGGUCUCCUUCAUCUUGGAGCAGGCUGUCUACCACAAUGUGAAACCCGCGUCCCUCAAACAGCAGCUGGAGAGCGUCCACCUCGACCCCGACAAGGUCGACGCCCUGUCUCAGGCCUGGGCCUCCACGGCCUCGGACACCGUGGAGAAGUUCAGGCAGAGGAUAUUCGCCCCGAAAAAGCUGGAGCACGUGGGCUGGCAGCUCAACCUGCAGAUGGCUCAGUCCACCCAGGCCAAACUCAAGUCCCCUCACGCCGUGUUGGAGCUGGGGGUCGCCGGCGAGGAAGACCAGAACGCCGAGAAGCUUUUUGUGGAGUUCAGCCACCAGGAACUGCUGGAAUUCUACAGCAAGCUAGAGACCAUUCAGGAGCAGUUGGACUCCCUCACUUGACGGCGGAAAAGAGGUCCUCAUUCUCGCUGGUGCGACGGGGCCAGCGAAGAACUGUCCACAAAAUGCCUCACCUGGCUUAAUGGCAGCGAUGCUUAGCAACAUUUAGCCGUCAAGUAUUGUAUAUACAGUUUCAAAGUCUAUUUUGCCAUUGUCUUGUCUUUUCUGCGAAAGUGGUGCCAUUGCUGUCAUUCACCGUAUAGAAAGUACAGACAGCAAAAUGUCACUCUCUUUAGGCGAAAUGGUGCGUGUGACAGCUGUGUCAUUAUUUCUCUGAAUUAAACUUUUGUUGUUGUUUGUAAA